AUGGGAAAAAAACGCCAAAAUGAACAAUGUCAGCUCAAGCGUCGUGAACGGCGAGCAGAGAAGAACGAGCUAAAGGAAAAAGCCGCAGAGGCAACAGCAAUGUUGGCAAUUACACAGUUGCAGCUGCGCUCUACACAGAGAAAGCUCGUAAAGACCGACUUGGAGUUGCAGGAGCAGACAGAGAAAGCAACCUCUACAGAGGCAGAGCUUGCCAAAACCCAGAGGCAUGUCCAGGACCUUUCGCAAGAAGCCACCUCUGCAAAGGCAAAGCUUACCGAAACUGAGAGACAUCUCCAGGAAAGGUCGCAAGAAGCCAGAUGGGCAACCAGCAUGGGGAACUACUAUCGCAGUGUUCUGGAAGACAAGAAGCAGGAGCUGGCAUCUUUGAAGAAGGACAUCAAAAAGGAGAGUGCACCGGCUACAGGUUCUGCAAGCUCCAGUUCCAAGGUGUAUCUUGGCUUGCAUUAA